AUGAAAUCAGACAGAAGAUUUCUAUUAGUGAAAAAUAAAUUAGGAUUUAUAUUCCCUAUUAUAGCAAAAGUUAGAUUGGAAACAGAUUUGGGAUCAGAUUUUGGUUCAUCUGCUCUUAUACUUCCUACUUAUUAAAAUUAUCAUUAUAUUAUGUUGAAUAAAUAUGGUUUAGUAGAAGAGAUUAGUGAUAAAUUAUAUAAUGAAGUUAUAUUACCUAUACUUUGUAUUGAUUUAAAAGAUAUCAAAUCUUUGGAUUGUCUUAAAUUAAUACCAAAAUUAAUAAAAAGUUGGAAAUCACUUAAUUAAACAAAUAUCUUGGAAUAAGAUCUUAAAGAACCAACUCAAUCAUAUAUUGUGAUUCCAAAGAAGAGAAAAAAAUAAUAAAUACUUUUAUAAUCUUCAUUAUCAGAUAAAAAUAAAACUAUUUAUGAAUUUUUAAAAGCUUAAGAUUUAGUUAAUGAAAAAUACUUUGAUAACUUCAAAUAAAUGUAUAUGUUUAGAAUUACAUUUAAAAUUGUUGAGUUUUAUACAUUUUAGGAUACGUAAAAUAACAUUUUUUAUUUUUAGGAUUUAUUGUAUUGAAAUUUAAACUAUUAAACCUGUUCGUGAAUCAUAAAGAAUUGAAAUAUUUGAAAAAUUAAUUGAAAAAUCAGAUUAUGUAAAUUUAAGUAGAAAAAUAAUUAAAAUAAGUUAAGAUAAAAUGGAUUUUAAGAAGUUAAAAAGUAAAAAGUUAGAAAUAACUAAUUAAAAGGAAUCACUCGGUUUCAUAUCUUAUUAACCUGAAUAAUAGACAAUUUAUAAUUUAGAUACAUAAAAAUUAAUUGAAGAUGAUUAUAUGAUUAGAUAAAAGGAAAUGUAAAUUCAUUUAACUAAUCCUCUUUAUAUCUUAGAAGUAAAUAUUAUAUUAAUAUAAGAUAGAAGAAUGUUAAAAUUUAAUUAGUUAACCAAAUAGUUAAGAUAGGAGAAUAUAAGAUCAAUAAACAUUUCGAAUGAAAUCUUCAAUUGGACCUAGUUUUGGUGCUUUAAAUCAUUUUGGUAGUAAUUUCUCAAAUGGGAUUAGUUAAGCCUUUGGUUCUGAUUAAAAUAAAUUAAUAGUGCAUUCAAGUGCAAUAUUGGAAGCAUUAAAUGAAAAUAAAGAAUCAGUUAAAUCAAAGAAUUCUGAUGAAAUUAUAGGAUCAAUUGAUAAUUUUUUAUUUGAUGGAGAUUAAAUGAAUUCUAUAUCUUCAUCAUAAAUUAGUGAUAUAAAAGUAAAGAAAACAUAAUUGAAACAUAAUUUAUUUGAUGAAUAAACUAAAUAACAUUUUAUUAUACGCAUAAUAAAUUUAAUUACAUUUACUUUGCUUAUAAUAUUAAACAUUUAUUACUAUUAUGUUUUGAAUUAAGAAAAUAAGGUAAUAUAUAAUAAUUUUUACAUAUUAUAGAUUAUAGAUUCAGGACUAGAAACAUAUAGAUUAUCUAACAAUUUUUAAGUAUAGCUUAAUAAUUUUAUUUUGACAUUCAAUUAUUCUAAUACAAAUAGAUUUAAUUAUUAUCAAUAUAUGAAAUUUUGUGCUACUCGUUUUUAAAAUGAUAUAUCUAAACUUUAAUAUUAUUCACCAAAUAUUGAAUAGAAUACAAGUAAUAAAUUAAUUAUAAUUUAGUUUAAUAUCUUUAAAUAAGUGAAUUUGAAAAUAUAACAAAUUUAAGUUUGUUUUAUUCAUUGGGAUAUUUCUCUUAAUAUUUAUUAUCUUAAUCAAAUUGUUCAAAUUAAGAAUAUUUUUUAGAAUUUAUAGCUAGAAAUUUCAUUACAAUAAUAUCUUCAAAUUCUGCAUUUAAUUCAACAGUAAUUAAAGAUAGUGUAGAUUAAUUUAUGAAUGCAUAACAAUCAACAAAACUAUCAUUUUAUUUUACUUUGAUAUCACUUUUUUUUGCAUUUUUGUUUUACUUCAUUCUUUUAAUAAUUAUUAACAAAGCAAAAUAAAAGAUAAUUAAAUUAUUUAAUACUAUUUCAAAAGCUUAAUUAAAUUGUUUAAUUGAAUAAAUUUCAAUAGUUGUACAUUAUUUGGAUAAGAUUGAUUUUAUAAAUGAAGAAACUACUGAACAUCAAUUUGAAUAAAUAAAGUCAAAAAUUGCAUCUACUCCAAUAAUAAAAAUUAAAACUCCUUAAAAAAGAUAAUCUUUAAAAAUCAAAUAAAAUAAAUCUAAAGAAAAUAGUAAAAGUAUUUUUUUAUUUUAGAUUCUAGCUGCUCUUAUUUAUUUUAUUUACUCUUUGUUUUUAUUGUUCAGUUACUUUAUUAUUUCAUCCUAAUAUAUAGGUUCUUAAAUUUAUUAAAAUUCAUUUGAAGCAGAGACAAUAUAUUCUUUCAAAUAAUUAUUACUUUAUAAAUCAUCCCAAUCAUAUUUAUUAUAACAAAAGAGUUUUUAGAAACUACUAAUUAAAUAUGUUUAGAUAGGAAAGGAAGAGAUGUUAUUUUUAAAUGAAUGUAAAAUUAAUUAUAUAUAAUGAAUAGGGGAAGAAGCAUUAAAAUUUAUGGAAGAACAAUUAGAUGUACUUUAGGGUUUUAUUUAAAGAUUGAAUGAUUAAAAAUCAUUUUCAAAUGUAAUCUUUACAAAUACAAUAAAGAAGAAUGCAUGUUAAGCUUUUUAAUUUACAAUUGUGAAUACUACAGAAGAUAGUUAAUUUUUUAAUGAGAAUAUCUGUAAAAAUCUUGAUAGUUUAGCAUCAGGAUUAACAAUUUAAUUAGUUGCUAUAUAAUAAAGUUUUUAAUAAUUCUAUUCAAUGAAUAAACUUAAUAAUAAACAAUUUAAAUCUUAUUUGUCUAAUAUGGAUACUAAUUAAACUUUAGAAAAUGAUAUAAUAAGUGUGCUUUACACAUCUCAUGUUUUAACUUUGCUGCAUGAUUUCGUGGCUCAUGAAGCUUAAUAAGAAUUAUCUUUGAAUUAUUUAGUGCAUACUAUUAGAUUCAUAUUUGGAUUAAUACUUUAUCUUAUUUUAAUUAUUAUAAGUAAUAAAAAUAUAGGGUUGUACUUACAUAAAGAAUUGAUUAGAACAAAAUAAUUAUUUUUAUUGAUACCAUUGGAAGUAUUGUGUGAAAAUGCAAAUAUUUUAUAGUAAUUAAUAAGAAAUUAGAAAUGA